AUGGAAUUCCAAGAAGUGAUAGAAGUGGACGAGAAACCAAGAACGAGCGAUGUUAAGACUGACGGAUCGUUCGAAUCCCUAAUGAUUUCCCCGUCCACUGUGGCGAACCUACGAAAUCAUGGUUAUCGCAUCCCGUCACCUGUACAAUUGAAGGCUAUCCCUACUGGACUCACCGGUUUAGAUAUGCUAGUACAGGCGAAAUCAGGGACAGGAAAAACACUCGUUUUUUCGAUACUUGCCGUCGAAGGCUUGAACCUUCAGUCCAACACUGUGCAGAAGAUGAUCGUUGCGCCAACCAGGGAGAUUGCCACUCAAAUAAGCGAAACAGUUAAGAAGAUCGCACAUUUCAAGACGAGAGUGGUUGUCCUCGUUGGAGGUAAUCCCGUUCAUCUUGACGUACAAGCGUUAAAGAGAGGCGCCCAUAUCGUUAUCGGAACAACAGGAAGAAUUUGCCAAAUGGUACAGAACGGCAACCUUAAUAUGGACUCCAUUGAUCUUUUCAUACUUGAUGAGGCAGACAAACUUAUGGAAGAAUGUUUUCAAAAAGAUAUCAACUACUUGUUUUCUGCUCUCCCACCGUCCCGGCAAGUUGCGGUGUUUUCAGCGACUUACCCAAGAAACCUGGACCAACUACUGAGCAGAUUCAUGCGUGACGCAUCCCUGGUGCGGUUGAAUUCAGAUGAUGUACAGCUCAUUGGUAUUAAGCAGUAUGUGGUCAAAUGCAGUGGAAACGUAGUUGAAUGCCUUAUUCGUUUGCUCAACUCAGUCCAGUUCAACCAAGCACUGGUGUUUUGCAAUCUACACCAACAAUGCGAACCCACUUGCUCUCAGUUGGAGAACGCUGGUUUUCUCGCCGCUUCUAUAUCGGCCCAAAUCUCUCAACCGGAGCGUGAUGCCGUUAUUGAAAAAUUGAAGCAGAACAAACUGAAAGUUCUAAUCUCUACGGAUCUGACUGCUCGUGGUAUUGAUGCUUCAAACGUCAAUCUUGUUGUGAAUCUCGAGACUGCAAUAAACGUUGAAACCUAUUUUCAUCGCAUUGGAAGGGCAGCGCGAUACGGUGGUUAUGGUGCAGCUAUUACUAUCCUUGCUGAUUCACGAGAAAUUAGUCGUUUCAAAGCUAUGGUAAUCAAGGGCAGAAUAAAUGUUCAUGUGAUGAAUAUAGACGAUCUUCCUCCGGACUUGACGACAAACGUAUCCUUUUUUCAAUCCUGUCCCUUGUUUCAGUCAACCUGCAGUGAUUUGCAAUCGAGAAAAUGUAAUGGUCUCGAGAACAGAAAAGCAGCUAUACCUGAUGUUUUGUGUGAUUUCUCCCCGACCGCGACUACAACCUCUACGAAUGGCUCUACAUACGAUCGCCAAACUUUUGUGGAUAUUUCAAGCUCUGCGCCAGCACUAAGCAAGCAAAUGUUAGCGAGAAUCAACCGACUUGGGAUUAGACGGGUUUUGAAGUCUAACAAUGCUCCCUUGACUUUUUCGGAGGAAGUUGCCGGUGUGAAUGAGCAGAUUUUGAGAUUGAAAACCCUUAACAUUGCUUCUAACAUGAAGCCACCGCUCCUACAAUCGCAGACACAACCGAGCAAAUAUAAGUUUGUACCAUCUCGGGAAAAGGCAAAGAAGAAGUUUUAUAUGCGUGGCGAACUCUUGUCAAUAAGGGACGCUGUGUCAAUAGAGGCUUGGAGAAAAUUAGCUUCAUUGAAAUUCGACAUGUCUGCAGAACCUUUUGUAACAUCCUCAAUUGAAGCAGCAUCCGUUCAUGAACAAAGUCAAGAUUUCAAAUGCACAUCAAGAAGAGUUACACCCAAAGAGCAGCUGGAAAAAGAGGUUAAGAAGGAACCCAAUUCUCCAAUAAAACGCUAUACCCGCAAGGAUUUGAUUGCUAUUCAAAACAGUGUACCUAGAAAGGCGUGGCUUCCUUAUGUAAAAACGCGCUGGGACACUACGCAGGAACCAUUCCAGUUGGAUCAGCGUUUGCGUUGCUCAUUUGAAGAACAAUUGCGGAGAAAACGUGAAAUCGAGAAGAAGAAGCGUGUCGAAGUCAUAAAAGAUCGACAGAAAAAACAACUGGAGAAGCCGAAAUUGUUAGCUUCUUCAAGGACGCCGUUGUGCAGUGCUGUAGAAGAAACAUCAUUUGAGCUGUUUUGUACUCGAGUGAAAGAGCAGUACGAUCAGUUUAAUCGUCUAAAGGAUGUCGAACGUACUAAUGCCGGAGCAGUGGUUCCUCCACGUGAUCCUCCUGAAGUUUGGAAUGGCAAGGUGAAUUAUUAUACGAGGUGGCUACGCAACUUUGAUGCCACAUUCAAAUACGAUGUAUACAAGGAGGCUGGAUGGAGGCGUGAAACUAGUACCGAAACCGAUGUGCUAGAAACACCGGUGUCUCUGACGCCAUCACUAGGAAAAGCUGAAAUUCAAGAAAACAUUUGCGACUCCGCUCUCAAUGGUUCUGGGCGUGUAACUAGGCAACACAUCGAACAGUCUCAUUCUAAUUGUGACAGUAUGUCCACUGAUGAACAAUAUAAACUAGUUUCCGAAAAUGUGAACACUAAUGCUGGUGUCCCCUCUGCCUCCCAGUCCUGUAUCAACGUUAUGAAUUAUUACGUCCAUCGGUCUGUUGAGGUUGACAGCGCUGUUGAUGAAAGCUUACAUAGUGUUUGCUAUGAAUCCGCUUCACUGGACGGGAGCGAUUCUGAGGAAGACUCUGACGUUGACGAAGAGGUAGAACAACUUAAGAGAUUUGCUCAAAACUACAGGAAGAACUUAGACUUCAGUGUUGUAUUCUCAUCUUACCUUUGGAUGCUCAACAAGCGGUUCAGCUAA